AUGAAAUUACUAACAAAUAUUAUUUGGCUAAAGUUGGUGAUUAUCUGCCUCCUUGGUCAGUGCUCAGCUUUAUGCCCGGACAGCAUUGCUGACCGGUGUUGGUGCAGUGAAUAUAAAAUUACCGGUAUGCAAAUUUUUUGUCGACAUUUCAACGGCAGUUUAAAUUCACUGAUUUCUUCGCUACAAACUGUUCGAAUCGAUCGGCUAACAGUACUUCGCUCAAAGUGGCCGGUUAUUACUCAGGUUAUACCAUCUAAAAUUCGAGCUUUACGAAUAAUAGGCUGUGGUGUGCAGGACAUUGAACCGAAAGCAUUUGAUCCAAUUGCCGAAACACUGGAAGAAUUGACACUUAGCAAUAACUCAUUAGAUAGCGUUUAUCAUUUGGGAACAUUGUUUAAACUUCGCUCAUUAAAUUUAAAUUAUAAUCAAAUAAAAACUGUUGACGAUGAUGCAUUGAAAGGAAUCAGAAAUUUGCGAGAUUUUCGUUUAGAGGGCAACAAAAUUCUAUUAACAUUUAAUACUUUAGUCUGUUACAGCGAUGCAUUAGUUGGCAGUAAAACCACACUUGAACUAGUAGAUUUAAGCGGAAAUGAAUUAACAGAAAUACCAACACAGGGGAUUUCAAUUGCCGAUAAUCUAAAAUAUCUUGAUCUAUCCGAAAAUCAUUUGAAUCGCAUCGGCUAUUUAGAUUUACGAUUUGUACCAAAGCUAAUUGAAUUACGUUUAAACGAUAAUCAGAUUAGUGAAAUCGACCCUUUGGCUCUUAAAAAAAUGCCACUAUUGCAACAUCUUCACCUACAGAACAACCGAUUAAGUGAAUUACAAACUGAUUUUACCAACAAUUUUGCAAUCCUUAAAUUUCUCGAUCUUUCCAACAACUUUUUAUCAAAGGUACCGCGAAUAAAAGGACUUCAACAUUUACAUCAUUUAAACCUUAGUUCUAAUCGCUUGACUUCUAUCACCGAAGCAUCAUUUAGUUUUAAUAAAGCUUUACAAGUCAUCGAUUUACAAAAUAAUAGAAUUGAAGUUCUGGCAGAAAACAGCUUUAUUGCAUUGGAUCAACUGAGUAGCCUUCUGUUAUCAAACAAUUCGCUGACGUAUUUGGAUGAGAAUGCAUUCAAAGGAGUUAAAGAGUUACAGGAAUUGUAUGUUCGCGAUAACUAUCUAACGAAAAUUGCUAAUGGAACAUUUCAAAGUAUACCAAAGCUGAAAAUACUUGAUUUGUCGCAUAAUCGUUUGAGUCAUAUUCCAAAGCAUCUAUUUUAUCCAAUAACCAGUCUCAACAAUCCGUUGCGAUGUGAUGAAAACAUGAGAUGGUUUUUAACUUAUCUGAAACGAAAUGGGAUAACUGCAUCAGAAGAACAGAUCAAUUGCACUGAUAUAAAACUGUAUAAUGAUGGCAAUGCAAAAAAGAACGUGGUAUAUGAAAAAACUUCAACUCAACAGAAGAGCAGUGGACGUAAUAGUUCAUUUCAAACAAUUCUUGGAGGCUUUAAAGAAUUACCAAAAAGUCCUGUCCAGGUGAUGAACCAUAAUGUUAACAGGAAGUUGACUAGCGUCAAGAAUAUAGAACGGGUUAUCCCAACUUCUGCGCCUAAUCUCUCAAAUUUGGCAUCAGACAGUACCGUCAAAUUACCACAGUACGACUCCUCAGCACAGCGUCUUAAUAUUUUACAGCUACUAUUGCCUCCAAAUUAUGACAUUAAAAAUAUUCCUCCAGACUUUUUGCAAGCAGUAGCAGCGGGAGAAGUUCCAGAUUUUUCCAAGAUUCCUGCAGAUCUCAAAAUUUUGUAUUUGACAAACAUAAAAAAGUUGCUUUCCGAGGUUAUCAAGGAAGGCUCAGCUAUGAAAAACCUAAUAAGUAAAUUGUCUGUUUCUGAGGAAGAGAAAGAAGUGGAACGACCAAGUCGUGAUUCCAAAGUGAAUGCUGCUGACAGUAAGCAAAUUGCAGAUUCUGCUGUUAUCGACGAUUAUUAUUGGAUUUAUAUGGUCGCUGCAGUCGUUUUGUUGGUCACCGGCAUAUCUGUGUUUAUCGCAGUUCUGUACGUCUUCAAAUUGCAUAAAAAUACGGCUUCAAAUGCCAGUGAAGUUUAUCGACAAUGCCAAAUGAUGGUAGAUUCGUUUGCCUCUGCUACAGGAAACCGAUCUUAUGGAUCGUCACUUUUGAAUUAUGGUCGAAUUACGCCACUGAAUGAGUCGUUUCGUCGUUCAACACCAGAAAAUUUAGUUUCUGGAACUUCUCGUUAUUAA